GACUGGGUUCCGCACUUCAUGGACUUUAGGAUCCGGAGCGUAGGUUUGCCUCCCGAUCUAUUAUGAAUAGAGAGCUCUUCCUCUCUUCCCUGUGAUCCUGACUGAUUAGUAGGGCAUCUCUUCCUCUGGCUCGAGCGGUCUCGAUAAAUACUGGUUGCGUCCACUACACCCCUCUCCCUUCCACCGCUGCUCCUCAUUCCCCGCUCGAGCAAGACCAAGACUUGACAUGUGCAGCUGAUUGCCGAAUACUCCAUAUAUAUACCCCUGUUCGAGCCCGAGUCCAACCUGGAUUCCCAAGCUUCCAGCACCGCCGAGAUGCCCUCCCUCACCUCCUCCGCUGCUCGCGUGGCGUCUCGCGCCUCCUCCUCAGCCAGCGCUGGCGCCCGCCUGUCGCAGAUGCGCAGCCACAUGAGCACAAAUGCACGUCAGAAAGAGAUCGGCGAAGCAUAUAUUCUGUCUGCCUCGCGCACGCCGACAGCCAAGUUCAAUGGCAGCUUCAUCAGCCUGUCCGCCCCCCAACUCGGUGCUGUAGCGAUCAAGUCCGCCAUUGAGAAGUCAAAGGUUCCAAUUUCCAAGAUCACAGAUGUAUAUAUGGGCAACGUCCUUGCAGCAGGCGUAGGUCAAGCACCGGCCAGGCAAGCCUCCAUAUUUGCCGGUUUGCCAUCUACGGUCGAAGCCGUUACCAUCAACAAGGUCUGCGCUUCAGGCAUGAAAGCAGUGGUCAUUGCGGCGCAGAACAUCCAACUCGGUUUGGCGGAGGCACAAGUGGCAGGUGGUAUGGAAAGUAUGUCUCGGGUACCCUAUUACCUGCCUAGAGCAGCGCAGAACCCACCGUUCGGAAACAUGCAACUGAAGGACGGGCUGAUUGAAGAUGGGCUUUGGGAUGUGUACAACCAGUUUCACAUGGGUAAUUGCGCGGAGAACACAGCCAAAAAGUUCAACAUCACUCGAGAAAUGCAGGACGAAUAUGCCAUCAGAAGCUUUGAGAGGUCACAGAAAGCUUGGGCGGAAGGCAAGUUCAAAGAUGAGGUUGUUCCCGUCACGGUCAAGGGCAAAAAGGGUGACACUGUCAUUUCCGAAGAUGAAGGUUACAACAACCUGAAGAAGGACAAGGUCCCGACCUUGAAGCCGGCGUUCGUAAAAGACCCUUCAAAAGGAACAGUGACAGCUGCGAACUCGUCAACGUUCAAUGAUGGAGCGAGUGCCUUGGUGCUGGGCAAUAAAGACAUUGCGCGGGAAUAUGGCAAGGGAAGCCGCGUGCUUGCGCGCAUUGUCAGUUCUGCCGAUGCGGCCAUCGAUCCGGUGGAUUUCCCCAUCGCACCCGCAAAAGCCGUGCCUAUUGCGCUGGAAAGGGCCGGGUUGACCAAGGACGACAUUGCGAUCUGGGAAUUCAACGAGGCAUUUGCGGCAGUCAUCAAGGCAAAUGAACAGAUCUUGGGUCUGCAAGAUGCCAAAGUGAAUCUGCUGGGCGGUGCGAUCUCGCUCGGUCACGCGCUGGGUAGUUCGGGCGCGCGUAUCCUGACGACGUUGCUGCAUCAGCUGAAGCCCGGCGAGUAUGGAUGUGCCGCCAUCUGCAACGGCGGUGGUGCGGCGACCGCCAUAGUUGUGCAACGGGUCGAAAGCGUGGACUAAGUUGCGCUUUAGAGUACGUGGAGGUUUGGACGUGGGACGCGCAAAAUGAAAAGAAAGAAGCAAAAAGUCUGAUCCGGACAAGGAGAACAGCUGGGGUGAAGCUGAGUUGCCUCAAGCGGUGGAUUUAUGUUGAAAAGGGCAUCAUCUACUGCAGGCAUAGCGCCGGCGUUGUACAAUACCACCACCCUGAGAACUCAGUACAUUGUCGUUUGGAAGGAUCGUCACACCUAUAUGGGCACCGCAAUCUGCGGCAGGGGCGUUAUCUGUCCCCAUCGUUUGAUAUGUGGUUCAUCAUCACCCGCAAAUGUUGCUGGCGGGACAGUACAAUUCCCAUAGGACAAAUCCCUCCCAAUGUUCAAUUUGCCCAGUAGCCAUGGACAUGAGACAGGCUUGAUAGACGCCGGGCCACCGUCGACUACUCGGUACAUACGGACGAAGGGGAAAUCACCGCCGCGAAGGCACAAUCGUUAUCCAAAAGUUGACACAAUAUCC